UUUGCACGACUAUGAUUUCGGAACAGCCGCGGUGAAGACAUCUUUUAUUGGGUGUCAGCCUACUCUGCGCGGCUGGUUCUCAUUGGUGCAUGAAACAAGUCCCUCAACACAGAGGUGUACAGAUAUAAGAGUCACGAAGCAUCGGAAUAACUAGACCAGUCGUGGACAGCUGAGUUCUUACGCUAAGCCAUAUCCAGUGAUUACCGAGCUUAACGAAUGCCGAUUGGACCUUUCGUCUAGUCUAUUCCGAUGUAUAUCAGCCUUCAGAGGCUGAACAGAGAGUAUUAUAAAGGUUGAUAAGGCCCUGUGAGAACUAGAAACCUCCUCUCACAGCAUUUGGCAACUAUGGAUCACACAAUCUUCACACCGCAGCUAAAAUUGACGCGGAUCAUGGCAGCAGAGAGAGGAAGCCAAGAAUUUGAGUGGCUACACCAACUACGCAGCGACGAGAAGGCCGCAUUUUGGAGCAUUGACGGAAUCGCCAAGACCGUCGAAGACACCGAAAGGUUCACCAAAUACGCCCUGCCAGUUACGGUCAGUGAAGGCGAAACCAAGUCUUACCGAGUAUCCUAUGCUGUACACGAGUUGCUCUUGUCUCCCGGACAAGAGGGCGCAGACAAAGACUCGAUUCCAACUCGCUUCAUUGGUCAUAUCGGUGUUAAAUCUCUCGGCGAUCGGAGCCUCACCUUACGAUCCGACAUUCUGCCUCCUUCCUCAUUCGAAUCGAAAUGUCUCACCGUCGAACUUGGUUAUAGCUAUCUACCCUCUGCUUGGGGUAAGGGUUACGCAACAAGUGCCGUAAAAGCACUCAUCGAAGCUUGCAAGAAAGAAAGAUCUUUCUGGGAUCCAUACGACAAAGUAUUCGUACGAGCUAUUGUCAACUCUGAGAACCCCGCGAGUCGGCGUGUGAUGGAAAAGGGUGGUAUGAAGGAGCUGGGCGUGCACGUCUGGGAGGGUGAAAAGAUAUUCGUAGCAGGAAGAUGGAGGACGAGGGAUGAUUUGCAUGUUUAUGGAACGUUUGUCGUUGAGUAAUGGGCUACUGAUCGUCCAUUGAUUUAUACAUUCC